CCCUCCUGCUUCUGCACAGCCCUCAGCUCCAGCUCAGACCCUCCCGGCCCUCCCUGCUCACACACUCAGCCACAGAUCCCUGAAGAGAGCAGACAGGUGUCCACAGGCAUGGGGAUGGUAGACGGUGGUGUCGUGGCCCCUGGGGGCCCCCAGCCCACCUGCAUCGACGUGCACAUCCACCAGGAGUCAGCUCUGGGCAAGCUCCUGCUGAGCGGGUGCUCCCUGCUGCGGCCCUCCUCCCAGACCCUGGGCAGCAGGCGGCUGCUGGUGGCCUCCCGGGCGGUGCAGAUCGUGCUGGGGGUGUUGAGUGGGGUCCUAGGAGGAUUCCUCCAUUUCUUCUACUACUCCCCUGUGUGGAACUCGGGAGCUGCCAUCUGGACAGGCGUGGUGGCUGUGCUGGCUGGAACCAUUGCCUUCAUUUAUGAGAAACGAGGUGGCUUUUACUUGGCCCAGCUGAGGACCCUGCUCGCCCUUGCAGCUUUCUCCACGGCCACUGCUGCCGUUGUCAUUGGGGCUUGUAAUUUCUAUGAGUAUCACUUUGAGUCUGAGGAUAUCUGUGAUAUCUCUCCCUCGGGAAGCUGGCCCACCUCGGCCCCCCACACUCCAAGUCCAGAAGAAGUCAGAAGGCUGCACCUAUGCCUCUCCUACCUGAACAUGCUGAAGGCCCUGUUCAUAAGCAUCCGGGCCAUGCUGUUGGGUGUCUGGGUCCUGCUGCUUCUGGCAUCUCUGGCCCCUCUUUGCCUGUACUGCUGGAGAAGACUCCGACCUAAGGAGAAAAGAGACCAGAAGAAACUGCUGGGAGGGAAUGAGAUCUAGCCUUGCCUCUCUUGAGGACUCAGGCCUGGAGCUGCUUCUGGACUGAGCAUGACUGCAUCUGACUCCUGGAAGAAGAACUCGACCGGGGAAAAGCCCCAGUUAUCUGUCCCCCACAGUCACAGCCAUGGCCACUGCCCUGCCCCACCAACCAUCAUAGAGGCUCCUGCCAUUUCUUGCCCACAUUCACCCUUCUGACCUGCUUCAUGUCCCCUCUUGAGCAGCGAUGAUAAUAAACUCUCAUGUCGUUGCUCCCAGCUUCUUGCUUAGUUAUUCCAGGGAAUUCCUCUCGGCUGAGGGAGGCAGCGGAGAAUGAGCCACUAGCAGACCUACAAUGCUCUUCCCACUCCCAACCUCCCCUCUGGGUCUAGAGUUGCUGCCCCUGAAAAUAGACUUUCUUUGAGGGUGGUCCUGGGUCUGUAGGUCCUGGGUACGAAGGAUGAGGGGAGCUGAGACUCUGAGCCCUGCCCUCUACAAUUCAGAUUUAAGAGGGUGAAUGCUUGGCAAUUUGAGAAAUGGAUUUUUUAUUUUGACUGUGUGGAAAUAUUAAAAAGUAGAUAACAUAA